CAAUUCCUUUCCCAUCUAACUCGUUCUGUCUUAUUUCCCCUUUUUCUUUUUCGGUCCUUGUAAUUUUGAUCUUUUCUAUCAAGCUACUGAAAGUUAUGUUGAUCUGAUUCAUCUGCAUUCAUUUUGUUCUUGGGAGGGGAAAAUUAGGGAACUGAUUGAGAAAUCAAUAUCGAUCAUACAUGGAGUAUGUUAUUUAAUAUGAUCCAGAAACAAAAUCAACAUAAUUUGCUGUAUUCCUUUUGGGUAGUCAUCAAAAUAAAUUUAUAUCAAGAUCCAAGAAUUCUUUACUUUAUAAUAUCUUUUUGUGUUGCAAUAAUUCAGCAACUGUACACUGGGAUUGGGCUUCCUCAUCUUCACUAGAACUGGUGUUUCAGUCUAGUCCUGGUAAAUGCAUGCAGCAGGUUAAGUGACCUUAAGAAAUCCAAGUUACCAAGUCUUUAUUUUCUCUGCUCAGAAUUGCAGAUUCCCAGUUUCUUAUUUAGUACUAGCAACAAAAUCUUCUAGGAAGCAAGUCAUAGAAGGCGAUCCUUAGUUUCAGUAAGAAAGAUUAAUUGAAUAUUUUGGUGAUAACCACUCUUAAUUUGUCUCCCCAUGCCUAGCAAUCUCAUCUGUUAAGUUCUAUCUAUUAAGAUGGAUCAAUUUCUCCCUUUUGAAGUGAGAUUAUAGAGAAUAUGACUAAAUUAUUUGUCAUGGGGUGGAGUUGAGUGUCAUGAUUCUGUGCAACAAAUUGUGUCAAAAGAAUAUUGUCGUUUUAUACUAUCUUUUUGCAGGAAGUGGGCCUACAUGUCUCAGUUUCUUGAAAUCUUGCGUUGUAUUCUUUGUUGUGUUGAAGAUUAUGGAGAUGAAAAUGAAUAUGAAACAUUUUAUGUAAACACUACACGGGAACCAAGAGUGUCUCGAAGUGUUAUUCCUUUCAAUUUCAAGGCAAUAUUCGGUUCAAGGUCAAGUGAUUCUGUAAACUCAGUGGAAAGCAUUUAUGAUGUGUCUAGUAGUUUUGAUAGUAAUAGGAGAUAUGUACGUAUACCUUCCCAUAGUCCAGAAACAUAUUCCUCUUGGCUGCCACCUUCAUCCCAAACUACAACAAGAGCAUCUUCUUCGUACCGACCUCAAUCGCUAACGACAGAUGUGACUUCUUCCAAACCAUCACAGGCAUCACUGCUAUCUCCUGCAUCCCAAACUUCGUCUAGAUCAUCCCCUCAGGCACCAAAACUCCCACUAUCUUCAAAAAAAGCGCAACCAUUAAUACCAGAAAUACCUUCUUCUAAACCAUCUCCAGUGUCUCUUACAUCCCCAACUUCUUCAUUAAAACCAUCCCCUCAAACACCUUCAUAUUCUUUAAAUCCAUCUGUAUCCCUCCCUAAACCUUCAACAGCUGAUUCUAAACCAUCUCCUUUAUCCUCUGCAACUUCAGCAUUUUCUUUUAAACCUGUUCCUAAAGCACCUCCUUCUUCCUUGGACGCUUCUCUAUCAUCGUCCAAGCCCUCCCUGACUUCUUCCUCAAAUGUCAUCAAAAUUCCUGAUAUCCAAAACUCCUGUUCUGAGUCAUCUCCAUCACCGUCUAAGCCCCUUCCAUCUUUUAAGCCAACACUGGCUCCAGCUUCCUCAAAUAUCACCGGUCAACAGACAAAAGCCAACUAUGUAUGGGUUCGAAAGGAUACAUUACCUAUUUAUAUGACUCCCAAGGAUAUACAAGAUUUGAUCAAGAAAGACAUGGUCCCUGAAGUUCUGAAAAAGCCAUUGACUUUGUCAACGUAUAAGGAUUAUUUUGCUGCUCUUCUUUAUGCUGAAGACUUCUACAUUGAGAAAUGGAGCAAGUUCAAAUUGGUGGAUAUCACAUUAAAAUUGCAAAAAGCAUCAGUCUUUAAACUAUCAUACUUCACAGAGAGUCAUGAAAAGGAAGAUAAAACCUUUGUGACAUUUGAGAUUGACGCAUGUCGUGAGAGGCGGCCAUUUCUAAUAUCAAGGGACUUUGUCUUUGCAAGACCCUCAGGAAAUAAGACUGAGCCAUUUCAGGGUGUUAUUUAUCGUGUGGUGAGGAGCACAACUGUGCUGGUUGAAUUUGGUGAUGAUUUUGAUGCUCAGCAUCAUUCAUCUCGCAAAUAUGAUGUUAGCUUCUCAUUUAACAGAGUGUGUUUAAAAAGGGCUCAUCAAGCAAUUGAAGCUGCCUCAGAUCCUUUAUUUAAAGAUUACAUUUUCCCUGAUUGUAACUUCAGAAAGAGAUGCUCUGAAUCAACACCUUCAUAUUGUAAUUAUAAACUUGAUGCCGAUCAAAUGUCCGCAGUUUGUCAGAUCUUAUCCUUUCAGGGGCCACCUCCUUAUCUCAUUGAGGGCCCACUCUGUGUAACUAAAGCUACAAGGCAUGAAAUUAGUCAACUAUCAAGAACUGGAUUGGUUGUCCAAGAAGCUGUGCUAGAAUUUUAUCGAAGCUCUCAAAAGCACCGAAUUCUCAUAUGUGCACCUAAUAACAGCACAUGUGAUUUGUUGACAAGAAGCUUGAAGAAGCACAUUCCUAAAUCAGAUAUGUUUCGAGCUAAUGCUGCAUUUCGAGAGAUAGAUGGGGUGCCUACUGAUAUACGCUCGUCAUGUGUAUAUAAAGGUGAAUGUUUUUCUUGCCCGCGCCUUCAGGAACUCCGGAAGUUUAGAGUAAUAUUAUCAACUUAUGUGAGUAGCUUCCGGCUUUGUAACGAAGGCAUUGCUGCUGGACAUUUUAGUCACAUUUUCUUGGUGGAUGCCUCAUCAGCUACUGAGCCUGAGGUAAUGGUGGCACUGGCUAAUUUGGCGAACAAGAACACAGCUGUAAUAGUCACUGGUGCACCAGGAAACUAUCCAGGUUGGGUGCGCUCUGAUAUCGCUAGAGAAAAUGGACUAAUGCAUUCAUACUUCGAAAGACUUCAUGAGAGAAAUCCAUACGCUAGACUUGAUCCAAUGUUUAUCACAAAGCUGGUCAGCUUCGAGUCCAAAUCAGAUGAUAACCAAAGCUUUGACCCUUUCUUCUUUGUGUAGUUUGCUAUUUGAUAAACAACAGCAGUACCUGUUGAUGUGUAAAAAUUAAUCCAUGGAGUCCACUGUAAGUUGCUUCCCACUUUCUUGUGGACACGAUGCUUGUAUAGUUUAGUUUUUCCAGCGUUUUCCGAGUAACUAGAUCACUUUUCAGAAUUAUGUUUGAGACCAUAUAUCUACAAUGUGGCUAGAAUUUGUUUUCCAGA